AUGGUAACCACAAGGACUAAAAGCUACACCUAUAGCACAACUUCUCAAGAAUCUGGCGGACUGGAGUUGAUACAAGAGUCACUCGACGACAAACGCGCGAGAUGGGCGCGUCUUCAUCGCGAACAGCACUACGAAUCCAUCAUCUCCGAAGUUAUGGAUCAAGAGAUGCCUAAAUACGAGAAUAGUACUGUCAUCGACGCAACAGACCGUGAGAUGCAUAAAGGAAAAUGCCUUCAAAUCCUCGCUUCAGCACCAUCGGUGAUGGCAGCGGCAGCCCAAGGCAACCUAGUGCGCAGGAUGCAGACUGAACCUAGCUUACAGCAGGAAUACGUCGCCGUCUUGGAGAGAGCGCUAAAUCAGCCAUCUAUAUACAUACAUCUGCUGGCUGACCGCGAUGGUAACGCGCCUACACCUAAUCAAUAUCUCAAAAUCCGUGACUUUGUGAUCGACUACCUAUCUCAAGCAAAAGGUCAUCGUAAGUAUCUUCACACCACUAGUCGCUCGGACAAGCGUGUCGAAACUCUAGAGCUCUUCUGUCAGGGUGUCCAGAAACGUUGUGACGAGACACCAGCAUCGCUACGCGAUACGCCCUUCCGGUAUCCUCCCACACAGCAUCGCGCUCACCAGUCAUCCAACUAUGUGAUGAAUCUUGUUGAAGACAUAUGCACACACCUCCAUAAUGUUGGUAUCUUCGAACAGCACUUCAUCAUGCACCAGUUCAUCGUGUACCUCAUCUUCCGAGAAGAACAAGCACGAAUAGCGGAGAUUUUCAUCUCCGGAUUACUCCAAGUCUGGGUGAAAGAUGGCGGCGGCUUCAACGCAUACCAAGCUGGGCAUAGUGUAUCGACUGCGGGCAGAGUAAGCGAUGAAGAAUGGGCCUCGCAUGAGAGAAACACGAAGCUCUGCUCUCCCAUGACGGAGAACAUAAGGCAACAGCAGCUCAGAGCAGAUGAGUGGCGUCGAGUGCUAGAGUCAACUAGCGCGAACCGUGUAGACGGGAACAUGAGGGGCGGGUCUGCAGAUGAGGAAGAAUUCAUGUCCAUCGAACAACCACGAUCCUAUCCUGCCGCCCUCCUCACGAAACGCCAUCUCAUACCCAAUCACCUCCAUAUCGUCAUAGAAUGGUCAAGCGUGGACGACAUACACUCCUCAAAGGAGUUUAACUACGAUGCGCUCAACAAGUCAAGUAUCGAAGCACACUUCCAGCGCAACGUCGCAUCCAGCUUCAUCUCUUUGUACGAGACCGAAGAUACUGCCUCGAGAAAGCGCCCUCACACCGAAAAAGUGAGAGGAAAAUCCCAGCCAUACGAUGCCGUGAAGGUAGAGAUAGACACGACCGGAAUGACGCCUGCCUGGAUAUGCGUAGAAUAUGGUGUGCACAUCCCGGUCUGGUUUGAGCAACAAAGCCGACAGUCGGAGGACGUUCACAACGGAGAGAUAUUGUGGUUUUGCCUUGAAGAGGUGAAAGCAGUAUUUUUAAUGGACAAUGGCCUCGGAGAAAAGGGCGAGUGGCUUGCUUGCGGAUCUAUUCCUCAAGGCAGGGUGAUUAUUCACAGCAAAUCAUCGGACUCGGAACCUCCACGGAGGGUCUUCAAUGACGAGGAGAAACACAAGUCUGAUAGGCAGGCUCGCUGCGACCGAAUCCGCACCGAGAACGAGAGGGUUCGGCUCAAUCAGCAAGAGUUCGCGCACAUAUUCAAGAAGAAAGAGUCUAUUAAAAUCUCUCCUCAGAUUCCGAAUCGGAAGAGCUCCUUAAAGUCGCUGGCAUGCAAAGCCGUCAGUGAGCCCAAGGAGGAAGCUAAUAAAGGCUCCAAACUCAGCCUUACAAUCCGCAAUGAGGAAUUUUCGUGGACGAACGCGGAACCACAACGCGCGGCAUCGCUGAUGAAGUAUGCAAUACUAAUGGCGCAUGAAAAGAAGACGGAGGCGGAACGGACUUGGAUUUCAGACACAGCCCCAUCAGCUGGAGACCUAGAUCGAGUGGAAAGUAGGCGUAUGAUUGAGAACCGGUCCCAUAAGGAGAAGCAUAACGACUUUGCAGCCCGUGAUCUUGGAACUCCUAUGACACCACCAGAUUCGCCAAAGAACUCGCUCAGACGACCUAAUACACAUGAACGAAGGGGCCGAGAAAAUGGUGAGGAUUCGACACAGCGAUACGAACUCGCUCAGUACGACGAUGACCAGUUGUCACGGAAUGUGCGAACGCGUGUGCAUCGAUCUGCCGCUCCAUCACCCUCUCAAUCCAUGUUAAGGUUCCAUUUUGAAGGGGAAAAUGAGCAUUCAUUCUAUCCCCGUCGCUCGCGCCGCGAGUCACUUCUGGAACUACAAUCAGACCAGGACUCCGUUCUCCGAGAGUAUGCGCGAGUGAGCCUACAGGAUCCCACUAUUCCCCAACAUGUCGCUAGCCGCACCCGUCACCGAAACAUCAACGAGGACUCAAAAAGCCGGAUACACAAUUACGAGGACAGCCAAUCCCUCUUCUCCCUCCGCGACCGCUGCGUAACCUCAACAUCGUCUCCCCCAGCCCUGGUACCAAUCCAUAACCCACCAUCCAGUCGCGGCACCCGCGAUGAAGCCAACGAAACGUCUUAUGUCAAUCCCCGACCACCAUCUCUUUACUCCAGCAUGAACAGUCUCGCCUCCCUCUCCACUUUCGAGCAUGCUUCCAUAGGGGAGGCCCUGUACGUCUCCGUCGAACCUGCUUCCCAUGUUAAGGAAGUCGAGAUUCGAAGCAAGAAGGAGUCAGGAUCGGGACCAAGGUCGUCUGGUAGGGAAUCGAGCGUUCAGAGUAUCCCUGCACCUCAACUGCCGGUAACAGAAGGAGACGCACAAUUGGAGGCGAUGAUGGCGUCUUUCCCGGCUUACGACCUGCAGGUACAACCGGAGCAAUUUGAGCGGGAAGCCCUUCCGCCUCCACAAUCAGAACUGUCGCCAAAAUCAGUUUCGGUUCCACCUGCUCCCGUCCCAACACUGACACCAGUACCCUCAAAAUCCGAAGUCUUCCUCGCCAAAGCGAAAUGCCUGGGGGAAAUGGGUAGAGAGAUAACGAGUCGGAUAGCAGAGAUCAAGGAACGUCAAAGUAAACCAAAGGCGAAGAAGGAGAAGUGGGACUUGGGAGUGUGGAGGUCGAGUGAUAAGAAGGAGAAGAAUGGGAAUAGACGAAUAGGUGAACAAGAUGAAUAG